AUGGCACUCCUCACCAGAUCCGCUCGCGCGCCGCCACCACUGCUAAGAUUUGGAUCGCCGCCAUCGAGCCCGUUGUGGCCAUCACCAUCAUAUCUGACUGUCUGCGAGAGAGAGGGUGAGAGAGAUACUGAGAGAAGAGAAAGGGUUCCUAGCAGCCUGACAGUGGAGAAAUCAAACAAGGAAUGCAAUGGCUCCUCGUCCGUUGAUCAUACAAGGAGCCUGAUCGAUCUUAUCAAUCUCAUUCUCCUCGCCGUUUACAUCCUGAGCUUGGUGGUCUCUGCUUGCGCGAUGAGAUUCAGGGUUCGCACAAGGGACCUGCCGUGGCUGUGCUCUCUUACUUCUCUCUGCUGCGCCGUUCUUGGCAUUGCGUACAUCAGCUCCGGCGCAUGGGGCUCUUCUUCCUCUUCGUCUUCGUCUUCCAGGGCAGAGCUCUUCGUCAGAGCGGUGGUUUGGAUUGUCGUCUCGGUUUCUUUGGUUGUUCGGCCGACCAGGUUCUCCCGUGCUGCGGCCAUGGCGUGGUGGGCAGUGCUUGCAGCUAUGGCCACAGCGUACAGCGUGGAGAAGAUCGUCAGGGGCAGCUCGAUGGACGUGCUUGACAUCGCGUCGUGGGUUGUCAGCUCGAUGCUUCUUUUGUGCGCAGUAAGUGUUUGCAGAAAUCUCUCCUUCCGCAGCGAUGGUGGAGAGGAGGAGACCCAGCCGUUGCUGACGACGGCGGGGGGCGGGGAGCAGAGAAAGGCGGCGUUCGGGGAUGCCGGGUACUUGAGCCGCCUGACCUUCACGUGGGUGGACCCGUUGCUCCGCCUCGGGUACUCUAAGCCGCUCGACCUCGGCGACAUCCCGCCGCUGGACGCCGACGACGCGGCGGCGGAGGCGCGCCGGACGUUUCUGGAGGAAUGGCUCCGGCGGAGGCAGACGGCCGCCGGGAGGACAGGCACAAGCAAUCUGGUGUUCUGGGUGCUCGCCACGUGCUACAGGAAAGACCUCCUCCUGACGGCGCUGUACACGCUGCUCCGGACACUGUCCUUCGGCGCGGCGCCGGUGAUCCUGUACUGCUUCGUGUCCUACUCGUACCAGCGGGAGCGAGAGCUCGCCACGGGAAUCGCCCUCAUCUCCGGCCUGCUCUUGAUGAAGGUCGUCGAGUCGCUGUCGCAGAGGCACUGGUUCUUCGGGUCCAGGCGGCUCGGGAUGCGCAUGCGCUCGGCGCUCAUGGCUGCCAUCUUUGACAAGCAGCUGAGGUUGUCCAGCGAGGCGCGGACGCGGCACUCCGCCGGCGAGGUCGCAAACUACAUCGCCGUCGACGCGUACCGGAUCGGCGAGUUCCCGUUCUGGCUGCACAUGGUGUGGUGCAUGCCGCUGCAGCUCGCCCUCGCCAUCGCGAUGCUCUUCUGGACCGUGGGCGCCGGAACGCUGCCGGGCCUGGCCCCCGUCGCCGUCUGCGGCGUGCUCAACGUCCCUCUCGCCAGGAUGCUGCAGCGCUACCAGUCACGGUUCAUGCAGGCGCAGGACGAGAGGCAGCGCGCCACGGCGGAGGUGCUCAACGCCAUGAAGAUCGUCAAGCUGCACUCGUGGGAGGACAGGUUCAGGGAGACGGUGCAGCGGUUGCGUGACGUCGAGAUCCAGUGGCUUGCUGAGACGCAGGUCAAGAAGGCCUACGGCAGCGCUCUGUACUGGAUGUCUCCGACGAUCAUCUCCGCCGUCAUCUUCGCGGGGACGGCCGCGCUCCGGAGCGCGCCGCUGGAUGCCAGCGUCGUGUUCACCAUCCUCUCCACGUUGCGCGUCAUGUCGGAGCCUAUGAGGGUGCUGCCAGAGGUGAUGUCCAUCAUGAUCCAAGUCAAGAUAUCGCUGGAUCGCAUUGGCGAGUUCCUUGCCGAGGAUGAGUUCCAGGACGACGCGGUGGACAGGACAUCCAUGCCGUUGCCAGCCUCCGACAUGAGCCUCAUCGUUCAAGAUGGUUUCUUUAGCUGGGAGCCGAGCAAGGCCAUUGCAACUCUGAAAGAAAUCAGUGUCAGGGCAGUUCGGGGUGAGAAGAUUGCGGUCUGUGGGCCUGUCGGCGCAGGGAAAUCGUCGUUGCUGUGCGCAAUGCUUGGCGAGAUACCAAGAAUCUUCGGAUCGGUAUCAGUGUCUGGCUCAGUUGCUUAUGUUUCACAGACGUCCUGGAUCCAGAGUGGCACUGUACGCGAUAAUGUACUCUUUGGGAAGCCCAUGAACACUGAGGAUUACGAGAAGGCGAUAAGGUGUUGUGCAUUGGACAAGGACAUUGAGAACUUUCCGCAUGGGGACCUGACAGAGAUUGGUCAGAGAGGCUUGAACAUGAGUGGAGGACAGAAGCAGAGGAUUCAGCUCGCGAGAGCGGUCUAUAACGACGCCGACAUUUACCUUCUCGAUGAUCCUUUCAGUGCUGUUGAUGCACAUACAGCUGCUACUCUUUUCAAUGAUUGUGUGAUGGCAGCACUUAAGAACAAGACUGUGAUUCUUGUGACACAUCAAGUGGAGUUCCUUUCCAAGGUUGACAACAUUCUGGUCAUGGAAAAUGGGGAGAUAACUCAGGAAGGAACAUAUGAGGUGCUUCUGCAGUCUGGCACAGCAUUUGAACAGCUUGUAAACGCUCAUAGGGAUUCAAAAACAACACUAGACUCCCAGGAUCGUGGCAAAGGAGCAGAAGAGCCAGGCACAUUUCUUCAGAACCAAAUACGGAUGAUACAGCAGAACAGCGAAGCAGAAAUAUCUGAUGCUAAUCUCCUGUCGGUCCAACUUACAGAAGAGGAGAAGAGGGAACUAGGAGAAGCUGGACUGAAACCAUACAAGGACUAUGUUUCAGUGUCGAAGGGCUGUUUUCUCCUCGUCCUUCUAAUACUCGCACAGUGUGCGUUCGUCAUCCUGCAAUGCCUGGCAACUUAUUGGCUUGCAAUUGCAAUUCAAAGCCGCCAGUUUAGUGUCGUACUUGUGGUUGGAGUGUAUGCAGUGAUGGCAGCUGCAAGCUGCCUCUUCGCCUAUAUUAGGAGCCUUCUUGCUGCUCACUUUGGCCUGAAAGCAUCGACGGAGUUCUUUUCAGGGUUCAUGGAUUCAUUGUUCAGGGCCCCAAUGCUGUUCUUCGAUUCCACUCCAACUGGAAGGAUCAUGAUCCGGGCUUCGUCUGAUCUUAGCAUCUUAGACUUUGACAUCCCGUAUACGAUGAGCUUUGUCAUCUCGGGCAUAAUUGAAGUGGCAGGAACCAUAAUUAUCAUGACCAUGGUUACCUGGCAAGUAGUACUAGUGGUCGUUCCUGUUGUGAUUGCUCUGUUAUACAUUCAGAGGUACUACAUUGCAUCGGCGAGGGAGCUAGUAAGGAUCAAUGGAACUACAAAGGCACCUGUCAUGAACUUUGCGGCAGAGUCGAUGCUGGGAGUGACCACCAUAAGGGCCUUUGCAGCUACAAAGAAGUUUAUUCAGAGAAAUCUUCAGCUCAUAGACACAGAUGCGACACUGUUCUUCUACACCAAUGCAGCACUGGAGUGGGUGCUUUUGCGUGUCGAAGCACUGCAAAUCUUGGUCAUCAUCACAUCAUCCAUCCUUCUUGUCUCACUACCGGAGGGAGCUGUUGCUCCAGGAUUCCUUGGUCUCUGUCUCUCAUAUGCAUUGACGCUUUCUUCUGCUCAAGUGUUCUUAACAAGAUUCUACUCAAAUCUGGAAAAUUACAUAAUAUCUGUGGAGAGGAUCAUGCAGUUCAUGCAUUUACCAGAAGAGCCUCCGGCUGUCAUCCCUGACAGAAGGCCUCCUCCUUCAUGGCCAUCUGAAGGAAGAAUCGAUUUGGAUAAUUUGAGAGUCAAAUACAGGCCAAAUGCGCCAACGGUUCUGCGCGGAAUCACCUGCACAUUUUCAGCUGGAAACAAGAUUGGAGUUGUUGGCAGAACUGGGAGUGGGAAGACGACUCUUUUGAGUGCACUGUUCCGCCUUAUUGAUCCAUACAGCGGGCGAAUACUCAUUGAUGACCUUGACAUUUGCACCAUUGGACUGAAGGAUCUGAGGAUGAAGCUCAGCAUCAUUCCCCAAGAGCCAACACUUUUCAGAGGCAGUGUAAGGAGUAAUGUGGAUCCUCUGGGUCUGCAUUCUGAUGAGGAUAUCUGGGAGGUUUUAGAUAAGUGCCAACUGAAGAAAACAAUCAGUGCCCUUCCUGGACUACUUGAAUCACCAGUGAGUGAUGACGGCGAGAACUGGAGCGCCGGUCAACGGCAGCUCUUCUGCCUUGCGCGUGUUCUCCUCCGAAGGAACAAGAUACUGGUCCUUGAUGAGGCGACAGCAUCCAUCGACUCGGCCACCGACGCCAUCCUGCAGAGGGUGAUCAAGAAAGAAUUUUCAGGUUGCACAGUCAUCACCAUAGCACACAGGGUUCCAACUGUCACAGACAGUGACAUGGUCAUGGUCCUUUCCUACGGCAAGAUGAUCGAGUACAACAUGCCAUCAAUUCUGAUGGAAAAUAAGAACUCUGCAUUUUGUGUGCCUAGCCCUUCAUGUGCUGUGCAUUUUAGAGUAUCCCGGACCGUGGUGGGCGGCAUGGCGCCACCGGAACCAGAGCCAUGUCGCCCAGAGUGGCUUCCUGAUGGGAUGGAUCCAAAAACAAGUUUCUUCCUUGAUAUGAAAUUGUUUGGUAACAAUACUAGAGUGGAGGGUGGCUGGUAUAGUACCAGCAAGGUUGUAGACAGUGACUAUACUAAUUUCGAGGACUUCGUUGAUGAUAUCUUGCAUUCAUACCCUAAAGGCUACGAUGAUGUUGUCAAACUGUUCUACCUUGCCGAUGAAUCCCAUGUAGAAAUCAGAACAGACGAGGAGCUGCUUGCAAUGUUUGCUAAGCAUGAGAGCUCUAAAGUCAUCCGCAUGUCCAUUGGCUACUUUGAUACUAGGAAGCCACAUGUUCCUCCUCCUGAUUGGAACAUAUCCAAUGUUGUUAUUUCUGAUGUUGUGCCUUGUACACCUUCUUUGCCACAAAACCCUCCUCUCAAAGCUAUCACACAAGGCACCCAACCUACAAAAUCUGAUUCCCAUGGUACCCAACCUACAGAAACAACUAAUGACACAUUGGACACAUAUCUUGUGAAUCCUUUCCCGCAAAAUGAGCAUGCUGGAGAUGAUGAUGAUGAUGAUGAUGAUGAGGGUCAAGCAAUCAUGGCAGGUGUAGCUGCUGUUUUUCCAAAUGUAGAGCAUAGGGAGUGCAUGGUGCAUUUGGUUAGUAACUUUAAAAAGAGGUAUCAUGGAAAGGUAUUUGAUAAGAACUUGUGGCCUGCUGCAUAUUCUUGGAAUUCAUACUAUUUUAACAAGCAUUGGCAUGAAAUGGCUGAAGCUAAACCUGCUGCAGUGAAGUAUCUAAGGCAAAAUCACACCAAAUUGUGGACCAGAAGCCAGUUUUCAACUCUGUCUAAGGUAGAUUAUGUCACUAACAAUCUAGCUGAGAGCUUCAACAACUGGAUCAAGAGUGAAAAAGAUCGGAACUUAGAUGAUCUUAUGGACGUGAUCAGACAAAAGCUCAUGGUCAAGUGGAAUAAAAGGAGGAAAAUUGCACGAAAGAUGGAAGGCAAGAUAUUACCCCAUAUUGUGAAAAACCUAAAGGAGAGGAGCAGAAAUUUGGAUAUGGAUGUGCUUGAAGGUUCAGAUGAAAUUGGAGAGGUGAUAAGGAGGGGCGGCUCAGGUUUCAGGAUGUCGUGGUGCAGUUCCAACCAACUUGAACCAAUGGCCGCAAUCAUGCUUCCAACUACUGAGAAGAAAGCGACUAAAGGAAAGAGGGCCAAGUCCAAGCUUGUGCAGGAUAAGAAGGCGGCGCCUACUCCUCAAGAUAGCCCAGCGAUGUGCACUAGAAGCAAAAUAGAUCAUUUCACUCCUGGAAGCCCGGCAUUGUGCACUAGAAGCAAAAGGAAGCUAGAUGUCUAA